GCAGGAAAUCGAUUUAAGGAAUAUUUCAGAAGUUUUCUAGUUAAAUGUGCUUUUAAGAAAAUGUAAAAUAAUAUUAUAAAUCCCAUUAAAAAAAUUGUAAAAAAUAGAAAAAGUCUAUGAAGUUAAGAACAAAUACAAAUUACUUAAGUUUUUAAAACUCCAAAGAAUUAUUCCUUCUUUUCAAUUCACGUGUGUUAAGAAAUCAAUCAAUAAAUUAAGUUGAAUUUUUAAUUGACAUAUUCAGUUAAAAUGGGCACGGUUUUAAGUUUCAAUCCACGGGAUAGACAUCCAGUAUAUUCGUCACAGCCUAAUUUUCCAUAUAAUCAAUCCGCUGACAGUCAAACUGAGAAGAUAAAUGAUACUUCAGGGUCAGUUGACUCACAUUUGAAUAAUUUCUCAUAUGAGCAAUUGAACAAUGCAAAGAACCGCGAAAACAAGAAAGCGAUUACCCAUCAAAUAUCCAGGAAUGGCUCAGGACAUCAAAAUACAAGUGUGCAAUUUAAUAUGCACUCGCAGAUCAACUCGCACAACUUUAACAAUCUAACGUAUACAUCCAAAGAUACAAUUAACAAUGAUUUGGAUGCUCACAACGAGAACUCAACCAUAAUAUCGGAGAAGAGUUCGAUCGAGAAAAGCUUAAAGAAACAUUCGCUGUUCAUAAAUGCACUCUCGUGGAAGAAACUGUCCACAUCGCAUAAUAAGAAGAAAGUUGAAAAUAAGAAUAAAUGUGCGAAUUUACCAUCAGCAUGCUUUAAGGCCCAGCUUUUAGAGGCUUCUUACUCGUCGUCAUCGGAUAAAAAUAAAAACAUUCAACUCCACUGCAAUCAUAUUGAAGAGCAUCAGCACCAACAUCAUCAGCAUCAGAAUCAGAACCAGAAUCAGAAUCAGAAUCAGAAUCAUCAAUCGCAUCAUUGCAAUCAAAAUCAGGUCAUUCGGGAACUUCCGUUUUUCCCAUCGACCAAAACGCAAAAACCAUCAACUGCCAAGGAACUGGGCCGUGUUAAUAAUACAAAUUCGAUAACAAAUCACAAUAAAUUAAUUCAGAAACAACCGUUAGCACUGACACUGCCCCAGCAGUUGCUAACAUCUUCAAUACAACUUAAGAACACAAAUCAGAAUCACAUUCCACGCAAAACUGUUAUUCAGGCAUCUACUUCAGAGCUCCUGAAAUGCUUAGGUCUGUUUUUACAUUAUCGAUGCCAAAGAUUAAAUAAUUUUGAUCCCGGAGACGCUGUCAUGUGGCUAAGAGCUGUCGAUCGAAGCUUGUUAUUGCAAGGCUGGCAGGAUGUAGCAUUUAUAAAUCCAGCAAACGUUGUUUUUGUAUACAUGCUAGUACGCGAACUUGUCAACGGAGAGGAAACAAAGGAAUCUGAUCUUCAAGCAUCUGUGCUCACCUGUUUGUAUCUGUCGUAUUCUUAUAUGGGUAACGAGAUUAGUUAUCCACUUAAGCCAUUUCUAGUUGAGGACUCCAAGGAACACUUUUGGGACAGAUGUCUGGUUAUUGUCAACAGACUAAGUAAUAAGAUGCUAAAAAUAAAUGCAGAACCAGCAUUCUUCACAGAAGUAUUCACUGAGCUAAAAUCCUGCGGUCAAUUCCAAACUAACUCAAUAAGAAGGUCAUCCUGCGGAGGCGCCUGACGGAAUGACGAUGCCCGACAGAUUGUAGUCCGACUCUCAUUGUCUACGUACCAACAGACUUUUCCAGAUCAAAUAAAACCGAAAUAGUGGUAAUCAAAUUAAACAUUUUAUAUAGCAUUAGAAAAUUUCUUUGUCACCAUCACACUUGUUCAAAUAAAAAAUGUAAAGAUAGUGCUUACAAAAUGGCAUUGUGCAAUUGUUUUGAUGGUUCAUUCAAUAAAUCUUAAUGUCAUCACAUUACAUAAAUAGUUUA